AUGACGUCCAGUAACAUUGCAGAGUCUCUGAACAAUGCACUAUUUGCAGCAAGAGACGGUACAAUCGUUGCAAUGCUAGAAUUUAUCAGGCGAAUGUUAAGUAGGUGGCUUGAAUGCAGAAGAGAGAAAAUUCAAAAGAUGGAUGGUGACGUUCUAGAAGAAGUUGACAAGUUAAUGAACCUUCAGCAAGAAAAAUCAGCUGCCCUUUCGGUUCAAGGCAUUUCUGCGUGGGAGGUUGAAGUCAGUUCUGAGUUCAUCGGUGUACGGCGGCAUGUAGAUCUUCUAAACAAAACAUGCACGUGUCUAGAGUCUCAGACAUUGAAAUACCCUUGCCGACAUGCCAUGGCCGCAGCUAGGCUUCGUCAAGUGGAGUACAGCAGUUUGGUUAACCCAAUUCUUAGGAAAUCAACGUGGAGUCCGACCCUGACGACAUUUGUAUCCCUGCUGAGGUGCGAGCCCUGA